AUGAAUCACAAUUAUAAUAAUAUCAACAGUUCAAUUUUACUUUCUAAUGAAAGUUCCAAUACUAUAUCUCUUUCAAAAAGUUCAAUAUCUGUUUUUAUUGAACUACCAUUUAUAUUACUUACAAUUAUUUUUGCUAUGUUCUAUGUAAUUUUAAUAAUAAUUCGACCAACAUUUCGUCGAAAUAAACUUAAUUGGUUUACUGUUAAUGUAUGUAUUGCGAGUGUAUUACUCAGUAUAAAUGUAUUAUCAAUGAAUAUUGGUCGACAAUUCAAUGUACCAAAUUACAUACCUUGUCGUGUUCAAGGAUUUCUUAUAAUUAUGUCUGCUUCUCAACUAAUGUAUUCACAUUGUGUAGUUAGUUUCAGUCGUUUAUUAACAAUUGUUUAUGCAAGUAAACAUUUCUUUCGCACAAAAUUAUGUGUAUGGACUUGUAUUGGUUUCGGUUGGCUUUUUGCUUUACUUGUAUCGUUAAUUUACUUGUUUGUAGAUGGUUUUCUAUGCUUAACACUUACGAAAUCAAGAUUUUUACCAUUUUAUACGCUUUUUACUAAUCUUAUUUUACCUGCUAUAAUCGUUGCCGUGUGUAAUAUUCGGAUUCUUUGGCAUGUACGUCGAUCUAGUCGUCAAACACAUGCAACCAAUGGAAAAAAACGAGGUUGUUAUAUACGUGAUAUACGUUUAGUGAAAAUCAUGAUCAUUUCCUUUGGCAUAGUCUUCACUGGUUGGGUCCCCAUCAUAUUAUUACAGACAUUCGCUUUAUACACGCUCAUGAAUUCGAGUCUCGGAGUUUACUUUCAGAUUCUUCUAUCAUUAACUAUGCUGCAUGGUGUUCUUUUCUUAAUAUAUACUAAUCCACCUGUACGUCUUUUUAUAAAACAAAUUGUUGUCAAACGUUAUCGAAAUAUACAAUAUAGCACUGUAUUCAUUACAAUUCAACAUAAUAUACAUUUAAUUUCUAAUCGCUAA